AUGACGAGGGAAGCCCCUGACGGCAUCGGCGUUAUAUGGGAAGGCGAACACAAGACCGUAAAGAUUUGGAACACUACCAUCCACGUUCUUAUCAACAUCAUCAGCACAGCUUUACUUGCCGGGAGUAAUUAUUGCAUGCAAUGUUUGAUGGCUCCGACGCGAAGCGAGCUUAACAAAGCACACUCCGAGAGGACAUGGCUCGACAUAGGCGUACCUACGAUUCGAAACUUGAGGAGUAUCACUCUGCAAAGGAAGUCACUCUGGAUCCUACUAUCAAUUUCGUCAUUACCACUACACUUACUGUAA